AAAGAUCAGAUACGCAGUGCUGUGUAGGCUCACUCACUCUCUGCAGCGGCCAUGGCGUAUCCGGGACAGCAGCCAGGAGGCUAUUACCAAGGAGGGUAUGGCGGAGCCCCCGGGGGUCCUGCAUAUGGUCAGCAGCAAGACCCCAUGUAUGGCUACUUUGCAUCUAUUGCCGGCCAGGAUGGCCAGAUUGAUGCUGAUGAGCUACAGCGGUGCCUCACACAAGCAGGGCUCUCUGGGGGAUACAAACCUUUUAGUCUGGAAACUUGCCGACUUAUGAUCGCUAUGCUGGAUAGGGACAUGUCUGGCAAAAUGGGCUUUAAUGAAUUUAAAGAACUGGGGAUGGUAAUAAAUGGUUGGAGACAGCACUUCAUGACGUAUGAUGGUGAUAGGAGCGGCACAGUUGAGGGGCAUGAACUUCACGCCGCUUUAGGAGCAAUGGGGUAUCGGUUGAGCCCCCAGGCGCUGAAUAAUAUAGCAAAGAGAUACAGCACAAAUGGAAGAAUCUCUUUUGAUGACUACAUUACCUGCUGUGUGAAACUGCGAGCUCUGACAGACAUGUUCAGGAGGAGGGAUGUUUCCCAACAGGGUGUAGUGAACUUCCAGUAUGAUGAUUUUAUUCAAAGUGUCAUGUCCAUAUAAAAUGAAGGCAUAGAAGAGAAAAACCAGCUGCUCAUCCUUCUUAACCAUGUCUCAUUACACAAGAGAAAUCAUUUGUGUCAUAUUGUUUCCAUGUUUGUAUAUUUCUCAUAGAAUUUUUUUUUUUAAAUAAAACUGCAGUUUGGUUA